AUGGCCCUGAGCUCCUGGUCCCCAGAGCUGGGGUUCAGCGAGAAGACGCUGCGGGCGGCGGCCGUCUCCACCGGCCCGUCCCUGGAGUUAUGCACCUUCCCCUCCACCCUGGGCUCCUCGGUCGCGACCGCGGCGCUGGAGCAGCUCUUUGUUGUGGAACAAUCACUGCAAAGUGACUAUUUUAAAUGCAACGAAGAAGCUAGGACCUUUCUUAAGGACAUUGCUAUCGCCGUUAAGAAAUUGGAAGAAAUGAGAAAAGCCACAAUCGAUCUCCUGGAAAUUGAAAGCAUGGAACUCAGCAGACUAUACUUUUUACUGGAAACUCUUCCUACUAGCAUUGGCCGAGAAUUGGAAGAAUGUGUCAGAGAUGCACGCAGAUUAAAUCUUUUUGAGAUAAAUCAAAUAAAGACGGACAUUAAAAGGAUGGGUGAUGACAUACAGUUUCUGAAGAUGAGAAUACUUGAUCUGAAAAGAAUUAAUGAUGCUUUAGGUAAAGAGCAAGUGUUGCUGGCGAAGAAGCAUGAAGAGUUAGUGUUGACGCUCAACCACACGAUGGAAGAAAAAGCCUCUACGACUGUUUACAUCAAUGAGACCUACACCCAAAUACACUUGAAGAGAAAAGAAAUUGAAUUGCAAAAACAACAUCUCAAACAAAUAGAGGAACAAUUGGAAAAAGAGAAGGAGGAAUUUUUGAAAAGAAAACAAAAAUUGAAUGAAGAGAUUGAGAGAUACAGAAAAUUCUGUGAAUUUAAGAGAGUGGAGACUUAUAAAAAGAAGAAAGAAUUGGAUACAUUAAAACUUCAAGAGUCAAAAAUGAAAGAAAGAGUUACAACCAGCACAGUGGUUCUUAGUGAUCACAAUUUAGAGAUAGCACGACUACAAGAAUCAGUAAGACAUUGGGAACAAGAGCUCGAGGAAAUGAAGAAAUCCUGUAAGAUACUGGAGGAUAAAAUACAAUUUUUUGUGAAUACAAAAGAAAAACUGGAAGAUUCAUCUGGUUUUGAAAAAGAGGAAUUCUUGCAGAAGAUAAAGCAGAUCGCUGAGCAACUACACAAAAAUCGUUUACAGAACAAGGAUCUACGGGAGAAAUUUCAGACUCUUAUCAGACAAUAUAAGAUUGUCUUAAACGAGGAGGAUAAACUUUUUAUGCAGAAACAGAAAAUUUACAAAGAGAAUCAGAAACAAUUGGUGUUCAUUUCUCAGAAAGAAAACUUCCUAUCACAAAGAAAAGUAGACAUCAGAAAUAUGGAAGAAGGACUUGUCACGCUCCAUGAUCUUCAUCGAGCAACAAAGUCAGUUUAUCGGAAACAAAUAGAAAUCCUGAGUGAUAACCUGGAAAGAGAAAAUCAGAGAUGUGUUAUAACUCAGUGGAGAGUAGCUUGUUUGAGAAAAAAACACGCCCGUUGGGAAAAGAAGAUAAAAAUUGAAAUAGGAGAAAUUUUAGAUAAAACUCAGAGUUUGGAGCUCAGACGCGCUGAAUUAUUGCAAGAGACCACUGUACGAGAAAAAGAGAUCACUGAAUUUUUGGCAGAGAUCGAAAAAGUUACAUUAGAAUUAAAACAAGCGGAGGAGAAAUUUAUUGUCAAAGAAAAAAAGUUAAUUCAAGAGUUGAGCAAGUAUGAGAAAAAAUUUGUUAAGGCAACACAAAGUAAUAAAGAAAAGGCAGAGGAACUAGUCGAGUGUCUUCCACAACUUCAAGUGGCAGAAGAAGAGUACAAAAGCAAAAGUGGAAAAUUUGAAGAGCUCAGUAAUAUUAUUACAGCACAAAAGCAGGAGCAGAAUUUACUAAAUGAUUACAUUUCUCAAAUGACAAAAGAUUUUUCAAGAUAUUUUAACAACACGGAAAAAGUGAAGCAAGAACUCAAAUACUUACGAGAUCAAGAAAGCCAUAAGAUUAAAAAUCAUUUUGAGACUCUAAAGAACUUAGAAAAUGAAAUCUAUGUGCAUGACUUAAAAGUAGAUGCUUUGCUCCUGGAAAAUGAAAAAUUGAGAAAAUAUAUUGCAUAUAUGAAGAACAAGAUAGAACAGUACAGAAAAGGAGAAGACGACCUCAAGUCCACGUCAAGUGAACUGUCUUGUCAACUGACAGCUCAUCAGACGGAGUAUUUGGAUUUGUGGGAUGACUUUCAUACUACAGUUAAGGAAUUGGUAAACAGUGGUGAUGAGAUUUUGCAAGAAAUAAAAAACCUAACAACAAAGCUGAAGGAAAGAGAUGAAAACAUUGAACAUAUCAGCAUUUGGCUACAAGGGAAUCUUGACGAGUUGCGUGAUCUUAUGGAACAGGAAUUGGAAACAGACCUCCAUAAAAAGAAGAAACAAAUCCGUAUCAAAAAAGUCCAUCCCCCGGUGGUUGAAUGUACUAUGAAAAACAUUAACAAAGAAAAGCUAACAAAAUAACUUGAAGGCUACAACUGCUGUGAAUUUAAAAGGCACAAACAAAACUAUAAAACAAGUGAGUGCACUUUCUUUCAUAUUUGGCAAUGGUCAAUGGAUGUCCUAAGUUUAACAAACCUGCAUAAUCCCCAUUAAACAGAAUCUGUAAAUAACCUUCUAAACAAUACAAAGGGAUAAAAUGGUCAGAUUAUUAGGUUAAGUGCCAAAAAACCUUAUUUUGCUCCCACAUGGAUCUCUUAAAGGGUUCCGAGCAUAAAGUCCACAGCACACCUAUUAAUAACUAACCACAGGAAAACUAUAUGUUGUAUAUAUUCUGUAUUUAGUUUUAGAAGGUAUCAAUUUUAAGAUGCAUCCUAAUUCAGAGAUGUCACAAUGUGAAAA